GGGAAGGUGACUGGCCGGUUGCAGGGGCGCCCCGGGAGGACCGCGCGGCUCGGCUUCGCCGGCGGCUCUCGAGCGGGGCGCGUAUCAGUCCCGGGGAGGCGGGCGGAGGCGGAGAGCCAGCAGGAAAGCCAAGAGGGGAAAGUUGCGGAGGCGGAGAUAGAGCACCGCUUCGCCCGUGCCUGGAAGGUGUCGGAGCCUUGGAGGAGAAAAGGGCCAGGAAUUGGCACAGCCGCGGCGCUGCCCUCCCCGCUGCACGCCAGAUCCUGGCUCUGCUGUGUUCUCGGGCUCGGUCUGGUCUUGCAACGGAGGAGGCGAGAGAAGCAGCGGGGAAGAAAGAGGAGGAACUUUCUGGGUGCGUGGAGCUUUUCCCGGGCUCGGCCCAGCCGCCGCAGCAGCAGCAGCAAAAAAGAUGCGGGCUCCCGUUCUCCGAGCGCAGGAUCCAAACCCUUGCUUGGCCCGCGAGUGCUGAUCCCGGAGGGGACGUUUUGCUUCGUGCCGGCGCCCAGAGCCUGCUCCUUCCUCCCUCUUCGCGUUGGAGGCUCUUAAAUCGUGCUGCGUGGAAGAGCCGGCGCUGCGCUCCUUUCCCGCGACACCCAGCGCCGGGCUGCGCCAACUCAAGGUCGGCCCCUGAGAAACUGAGGGAGCUGCCGGUGCUUGAACUGAGCUGCCAUGGUUUAGCGAAGUGCCUCUGGAGGCCUGCUGACCUCGGGGCAAAGAGAUCGGGUCUAGGAGAGAGAAAGGGGGGGGAGAAACAACCAGCCGCGUGGGACUUUUCCUUGACUCAAUCCUCCUUCCCCCAUAAAGAACCUGAACGUUGGUUUGGGUAUCUUCAACUCUGUGCAUGCUCUUGGUCCCCACUUUUUAACAAGGAUACAAAAUGGCGCUGUCAGGAUGGGGAGAGAUGAGGUCUUCACUCUUUAGAGAUGCCUUUUGGACUCUGCUUUUGAUUUGCCAAAUGUUCGUGGGAUUGGGCUCUUGCGUGGAGUGUGGCUCCAGCUGUACGUGUAUCGGUGAUCUUCUGGACUGCAGCAACCGGGGACUAGAAAGAGUUCCUCCAGAACUGCCCACCUGGACAGUUUAUCUAAACCUGAGCCACAACAGACUGACCGAGAUUGAUCCUUCUGCCUUCACAAAGCUGCCAAACCUACGGGACGUGCGACUGAAUAACAAUGAACUGACAGCUAUUCCAUCUCUGGGAGCCGCUUCAUCCCACAUAACUUCCUUGUUCCUGAAUCGCAACAGAAUCCAUGGCAUUGAAGCCAGCCAGCUGGAGCCCUAUGUUUCCCUGGAAACGUUAGACCUCAGCUCAAAUAACAUCACAGAAGUCCGAAGUGGCUGUUUCCCGGUGGGGCUUCACAUAAAGGAUCUCUACUUGGGGAGCAACAGAAUCAGCAUCCUGGAGACCAAGGCUUUUAACAGCUUGUCACGAUCCCUGCUGACGCUUCGCCUGAGUAAAAACAGAAUUGUCCAACUUCCUGUUAAAGCGUUCAAACUGCCCCAUCUAACCCAACUAGAGUUAAACCGGAAUCGUAUUCGUUUGAUAGAAGGCUUGACGUUUCAAGGAUUGGACAGUUUAGAAGUUUUGAAGCUGCAGCGCAACAACAUAAGCAAGUUGACUGAUGGAGCUUUCUGGGGUCUGGCCAAAAUGGAGGUUCUGCAUCUGGAGCACAACGUCCUCACCGAAGUGAACAGUGGUUCCCUAUAUGGCCUGGCUUCCCUUCAGCAAUUUCAUUUGAGUAACAACCUGAUAUCCAGUAUCAGUCCUAUUGGAUGGAGCUUCUGCCAAAAGCUGAACGAAUUGUCCUUGUCAUUUAACAACUUAACCAGGCUGGAUGAAGGGAGUUUAGCAGAUCUGGGAGGCCUACAGAUCCUGCAGCUGAGUCACAAUUCCAUCAACCACAUUGCAGAGGGAGCGUUCAAGGAACUCAAAAGCUUACGUGUUCUGAAUCUGGAUCAUAACGAGAUUUCGGGGACAAUAGAAGACACCAGUGGAGCAUUUACAGGCCUGGAAAACCUAAGCAUGCUGACUCUGUUUGGAAACAAGAUCAAGUCUGUGGCCAAGGAGGCGUUCUCUGGCUUGGAGGCCCUGGAACACCUGAACCUUGGGGAUAAUGCCAUACGGUCUAUUCAAGAGGAUGCCUUUGCAAAGCUGAAGAACCUGAAAGAACUCCGCAUCAACAGCGAGAGCUUCCUCUGUGAUUGUCAGCUCAAGUGGUUGCCACUUUGGUUAACCAAGCAAGAACAACAGCUGUUUGUGGAAGCCACCUGUGCCCACCCAGAAUCAUUAAAGGGCAAAAAUAUUCUUGAAGUGGUACCAGAAAGUUUUGUAUGUGAGGAUUUUCCCAAACCCAAAAUAAUUGUGGAACCAGAAACGACAAUGGCCGUCCUUGGCAAAAACGUUCGCUUUACCUGCUCGGCUGCCAGCAGCAGCAGCUCUCCAAUGACCUUUGCCUGGAAGAAGGACAGUGAGAUUCUGCACCACGCAGAGAUGAAGAACUUUGCACAUGUCCGAGCCAGGGAUGGCGUGGUAAUAGAGUAUACUACCAUUCUGCACUUGCGCCACGUCACUUUUUCCCACGAGGGACGCUAUCAGUGCAUCAUUACCAAUCAUUUUGGCUCUACCUAUUCUCACAAAGCUCAGCUUACUGUUAAUGUGUUGCCAUCUUUCCUCAAAACUCCCCAUGAUAUUGCAGCACGCACAGGGACAACUGCUCGGUUGGAAUGUGCUGCUGGUGGGCACCCCACUCCGCAGAUUGCUUGGCAGAAGGACGGAGGAACAGACUUCCCUGCAGCUCGCGAGCGUCGCAUGCACGUCAUGCCCGACGACGAUGUCUUUUUCAUCACAGAUGUGAAGAUAGACGAUAUGGGCAUGUACAGCUGCACCGCUCAGAAUUCUGCAGGUUCUGUGUCAGCAAACGCUACCCUGACGGUGCUGGAGACUCCAAGUUUGGUUCAUCCAUUGGAAGAUCGUGUUGUAUCUGUUGGUGAAACUGUGGUUCUGCAAUGCAAAGCAACAGGAAGUCCACCUCCACGCAUUAACUGGCUGAAGGGUGACCACUCUCUGACAGUUACUGAAAGGCAUCACUUUACGCCGGGCAACCAGCUGCUUAUUGUCCGGAAUGUUGUGUUGGAAGAUGCUGGGAAAUACACCUGUGAAAUCUCAAAUACAGUUGGAACAGAACGGGCACACAGCCAAGUUAGCGUAUUGCCUUCAUUUGGCUGCCGGAGGGAUGGAACCACGUUUGGGAUCAUUACUAUCGCUGUAGUGUGUAGUAUCGUAUUGACUUCUCUGGUUUGGGUGUGUAUCAUCUAUCAAACCAGAAAGAAGAGUGAAGAAUACAGCGUCACAAACACAGAUGAGACUGUUGUACCACCUGAUGUGCCAAGCUAUCUGUCCUCCCAGGGGACGCUUUCAGAUCAACAAGAAAUGGUUGUGAGAGUGGAAAAUGGCCAACAGCCCAAUGGUCAGAUCCAGAGCAAUGGUGUUUGCCAGAUCAGUAGAGGAAGGGAUCCAGAGGUUGAUGCUCACUCUGUCAUUUAUCGACAGCCAAAGAUAUGCCUAGGCUAUAAUAAAGAGGCUUGGAAAGGAGAAGAUAUUCCUGACAGGAUGCUUCUUACAGACAAGACAGCCUAUAGCUUGCCUGCAGCAUAUACUGACUGCAAUGGAAGUGUGGAUACCACAAGGGUUACUGUUAAUCCCAAGGAUCCAGAUUAUUACUCUCUGGCUGCAGAGGACAUGCCCGCAAAUGCUCCCAGUAGCAAGGAGUCCGAGAACUCCAGCACGAAUAUGGGGAGUAGAAAAUCAGAUGUCAGUGGCUCCAUCUACCCCAGCAAUCAUGACAGGAUGCCAGUAGCUUGCCCAGGCAAGCCAUCUCUAGUGGAUAGCAAAGGUUCUUCACAGCCUUUAGCCAACUCUGAGCCUUAUGACUUUUUAUUGCCUGCUGAAGGCUCGCUGCUGUACCCAAAAGGAAGUGCUGAACUAUCUCAGACAUUACCUGGGGGAGAAGCGAAACCAAGCCUUCUCUCCAACGGGCACUUAACAAGGUCACCCGACUCCCUUCCUGAGUCAAGCCACUGAAACGCUGACAAGGGACCCAGGCGAAUUGCUGUGUGCAAAUUAACAGAACAUACUCCCUCUGUCGAUCCCAUUUAUUUGCACAGAAUUAUCUAGGCUACUUCUACCUCAAAUUCUGAACAGACAGCUCUGCAAAUUAAAGGAGAAGUGACAACACAAUGAGGUAUAAGAAGCAAGCUUGCGUAAGGGAACAGAGCCCUGUUUAUGCGGUGCCCAUUUGUAAAUAGUUUUAAAACUUCCCUGAGAAGGAUCAGUGGCUCCAUGUUGGCUUGCAUACAAAGCACAGAAAUGCAAAAAGUUAGGAUGUAAAGUGAAAGAAGUAUUUGAUAACAAAUGUGUACAUAAGAGUUUUCAUAUAUAUAUAUAUAUAUAUAUAUAUAUAAAUAUAUAUAUAUAUAUUAUAUAUCUUUUCACAGAGGCUGUUUUAUCCCUUGGUGCAUGUUUGACUGAGUGAAAUUAUGUAAUGUUGACAAUACGCAUUGUUUUUUCAUUGCAAGGGUUUUUUCUCUUUAAAUCCUUCUCACCCAUCUCCAAGAUAAAUCGUUCUGGUGUCUUAGUUAAAACUUUGAGGAUGGGACCACAUGCUUUCAACAGAGAAAAUCACACUGAUGAAGCUUCCCUUUCUGUAGUGCCCCACUGUAGGGGUGUGCAAUUUGAGAGAAGUGCUUUACACAGCACACCACUAAGAGCUAAGCAUUUAACCCCCCAAGUGCGUGCAUGCACAGGUAACAUUUCUGUUGGGAGUGCCAACAAGUGAAACGGCUAUAUACUGGGCACGCACACAGACCGAAAGAGCUGUGAAGCACCUCCAAGCAGACUAGGCCGAGUGCGUCACUUGUUCUGGUGUUCUUUGCCAAUCGCCUCUCUCAAAUUGCUGGCAGAGCCCCAUCUAACUGGUUCAUUAGGCUAAAUGUCUUCUCAGAAAUACUGCACUGACAGCACAAUUGCAUGUAUGUUUCUUCGGUAGACUUGCUCCCAUAGGAUUGUGGUGUGGGCUUAAAGAGCAAACUGAACUCUGCUAUUUUAGCAUUGCUGUGCAGAGGUGAGCCAGAUGCCCCAAGAAUAUCUUAAAUAUCUACUUCUUGAAAUGUAACUGAACCAGUGUCCUUUGGCAGAGUUUCUAGUCAGUGUAAAUUGGGCUUGCACUGGAGGAGAGAGUGGCAGUCAGCAGGGUUUUUUAGGACAGCACAUUGAAGCAUCCUAGCUUAUGUUGUGACUUCUGGGAUACAGACAUAUCUAUCCAAUUUCAACCUAAAUUUAGAGGCACCCAGCCUUGUGUCAGAUCACAACCUAUAUUUAUAUUUAAAUAUUAACUAUUCAUUGCACUAGCAGUGAUCCUUGUGGAACAACAUUAAACUGCCAAGCUCUCCUCAAAAAGCAGCAGCAGGAGCAAGAGGAUGAUAGAGGAGACAUCCUCAUGCUCUGGAAUUUUUCUGACAGAAACCUGUUGAUGUUUUCUUUUGGCACCUUAGCACCAUUUAUAGAGAUUUCAAAAUAUAUUGCUAAUAUUGCUUAUGCAGUAACCUCUGACACACUGAAUAAUCCAUUUGCACACGCAGAUCUAAUUUUCUUUUCUCUUUUGAGUCAGACUUCGAAUUCAGGUUCAUAGUUUAGCUGCUCCGAUUGUGAAAGUCCUCUCUGUCGUGGGAGACUUUUGACCUAAGAUCUAGCAAGGAAAGUUAUUCAAAGAGCGAACCACCUUAGGCUACUGUGCUUUAGUGUUUAUACACUGCUUUAAGCUCGGUUAAGCCACCAACAAAAAUGUGAACAUGUACAUGAAAGCUGUUUCUAUAACCUAAGUGUGGAUUUUUUUAAAAAAUUAAUAGAAGUGCUGCCUCUUUUGAUACUUGUGCCUAUGUAGUUCCAAAAAGUCAUUCUCCACCCCACCUGAUCGAUUGUAGCUCAGGCUGACCCAGAGUUGGUGAACAUAGGUUAGGAACGGUCUGAGGGGCAGCAUCAGGUUUUGUCUGUUCUCCUUAUAUUCUUCACCAUGACUUAAAGGCCAGUUUCAGAGAAAUAAAGGCAUAAAACAUGAUUUAGUUUCGGGCAGGAUAUUAGGAGUUCAUAUUAGGGUCAUAAUUUAGGAAUCCCUUCCUUUGUGGGAAGGGCAAAGUGGGCUUAAGCUACUCUAAACACCAGGGAAAGCUUUUUUGUAUGUUCC